AUGCAGCGCACGACGUUGCCCACGCACGAUGAAUAUUCAUAUCGAUGGCGCUUUCGCCGCCGUCUCUCCACCCCCCCCCCCCCCCCCCCCCCCCUCCUCUCUCUCCAGUGCCUUGCCGUAAAACUGAUGGAGGCAUCCCGGAAGACAUGUUCACAGUUGUUCCCACAAACAGUUUGCGUCCUCCUCGUUUCUGUGUGGGUCGCAGCCGCUCACUCAAUGGCUGAUAAGACUCUGCCGCAAAGCAGAGAGCACGCUCUGAAAGGAAGGGAGGAGAAAAUGGUCGUGGCAGAGAAACAUGCAGCCAAUGGGAAUCCCACUGUGGAGCCUUUUCCAGAAGGCAUGGAGACCAUCAUGCUUGGUUUAGGCUGUUUCUGGGGAUCUGAGAGACUUUUCUGGCGCCUUCCAGGAGUCUACACCACACAGGUGGGCUUCGCCGGCGGUUUCACACCCAACCCCACUUACCACGAGGUCUGCUCAGGUCUGACGGGUCACACUGAGGUGGUGAGGGUGGUCUUCUCCCCUAAAGAUGUUGGCCUCGAGGAACUGCUCAAGCACUUUUGGGAAAGCCAUGAUCCUACACAAGGUAUGAGGCAGCAGUAUGACCGCGGUACCCAGUAUCGUUCAGCCAUUUACACAUCCAACCCCACUCAACAGGACCUCGCAUUGAAGAGCAAAGCGGCUUUCCAGCAGGAGCUGGAUAAAAAUGGCUACGGUCGCAUCACCACAGAAAUCCGGGAGGGGCAGCUGUUCUACUACGCUGAAGACUCUCACCAGCAGUAUCUGAAGAAAGUCCCAAAAGGCUAUUGUAGUCUCAAAGGAACCGGAGUCUCUUGUCCCAUUGGAGCCAGGAAGGAUGAACUGUGACGGAAUGUGGGGGGAGAAAGAAAAGGAGGAGGAUUUUUUUAAGGUUGUUAUUUGGACAUUGAUUAAUCCUAAUCUUUUCUUUUUGAUCCACUGGUUAAUUAUUGUACUUAGGGUAUGUAUUUGUAUCUUCUAACACAAUAACAUAUUAGUCAGAUUGUAAUACAUUACUAAGCUUCAGCAAACUUUUUAAUCAAAGCUUCAAUAUGUGUAUUUGUCUGUCAGCUAUAAAUAUAGUGUCAGAAUUAACGUGUUUUGGUAAAGUAAGUUUACAUAAAAUACAUUUGCUCUCAAAUACAAUAGAAAGAGACAUACAGAUAAAAACAAAGACAACCCCCCCUGGACAAAGUUACUACUAUGUAGUUUUAUGGACUCAUGAC